AUGAACCUGAAGGAGGCUGGACACCAUCGCAAGUUGCAACUGCAAGAGCCAGAAGAGAUAAGAAGAGAUGCAUAUGAUACUUCGUGGGACUACAAAACCAAGAUCAAGGCCUCCCAUGACAACCGAAUUUCAAAGAAGCAUUUUGAGGUAGGAAAGCUACGGUCUAGGUGGAUAGGACCAUUCAUUGUUGAGCACACUCAACCUCAUGGAGCAGUAGACAUUCGCAGUAUAGAUACAGGGAAGCAAUUCAAGGUGAAUGGCCAUCGCCUAAAGCCAUUCUAUGAAGGAUUUACAGUGCAACUAGUGGAAGAAAUUCCACUAGAUCGUCACUCACUCUGA